AUGGCGGGAGUGGAGGAGUUUCUUGAGGCAUGCGCAAUGUUCUUUUCCGGUUUCUCGGCCUCUCGCCCCGGACUUGCCUCUAGAGGAGGAUGGCUGUUCUGGCACAACAGUCAAUACUCUCAAGAUGUCCACACCCAAUAUUUAUACUGGGUCAAUGCCUCCAGUGGUGAGGUGCUAAGCAUGAGUGACGCUGCAGUACCAGCUGAUUCCUUGGCAUUCAUAGUUGCCCUAGCCUGUGAACUGGUGGGACUGAUAGGUCUCUUGGGCAACCUGGCUGUGCUGUGGGUUUUCUGUGGGUGUCAUCAAGGUACCUCACAUCUGAUGACUGACACUUUCAUCUUCAGCCUGGCAUGGCUGACUGGGUUGGCCCUUACCCUCCCCUUUUGGGCAGCCAAGUCUGCCCUGGAUUUCCACUGGCCUUUUUGUGGACUCUGUAAGGUGGUUCUGAUAGGCACUGUCCUUAGUGUUUAUGCUAGUGUCUUCUUCAUCACUGCUCUGAGCAUAGUCCUGUACUGAAUGGUGACCAUGGCUACUGGACCAGGUUCUUACCGUUCAUCCUCCUGAACCUUUGGAGCCAGCCUGGUAGCAUGGGUAACAGCAGCUGCUGCAACAAUCCCCAAAGCAAUCUUUGGGGCUGAAAGUGAGGUGGGUGGAAUUCAACUGUGCCUGCUCCACUUCCCUAGUGGUCGCUGGCAGAGUGCUUACCAUUUACAGUGGGCCUUCGUGGUGCCCAAUGUCAUUGCAACAAGCUAUCUGAUGCUGCUGGCACUCCUUCGGCAGCAACGGCUAAGGCAGAGGAACAGAGUGGUAGCCCACUCUAUCCGGAUUAUUAUUGUGACCUUUUUCCUCUGCUGGUUCCCCAACCAUAUUGUCACACUCUGGGGAGUCCUGGUGAAGUUUGACCUCGUGCCUUGGGACAACACCUACUAUGCCCUUCACACUUAUGUCUUCCCCCUUACUAUUUGCCUGGCACACUGUAACAGCUGCCUCAACCCUGUGAUCUAUUGUGUCCUGUGCCAGGAGGCCCAGCAGGCACUGGUCAAGGCCCUGAGGCGGCUAUGGACACAGUUGCCUGGUGGGGGACAAGUCCAGCCAGAGCAAGUAGCCCUUCGUAAGAGGAGAAAGCAGGAGGUGGUGGAUACCAAUAAGGGCAGUGGACUUUCUACCACUCUCACCAGCCUGGAUAAGAAAAAAAGAAGACCCUCCACCACAGAAGCUGUACCCCUCCCUCCCUUCCUAACAUCUUUAGGACACCAGAAUCUGGCACCCAAGCCUGGGGAAGAGCUGUUCUGA